CCUUGGAAGCCUGUUGGUAUUUACCUGCUGUCUUUGUGGGGAGAGACCAACACAUUCACCAUGUCGCUCUCUCUGUUGCUGCUGCUGGUCAGCGUCGCCCAGGCUUCUCAUUUUUUUUGGGACAGUGAUGAAUUACUACCCAAAAAACCCCGACGCAUCUGGAUCCAUCACGGUGGUCUUCCGCUAUAAGCUGACCUUCCACAGUUGCACACAAAUCGACUCGUGGACCUGCCUCGGGAACUGUGGGACCGAGAUUUCUGUGGAGCUGAACAUCGUGAACCAGGAGCUCAGCGGAGAGUGGUGUCAGAGAGAGGGAAUCAUGACUCGGCAGUUUGUCAGCAAUGCUCCAUUGCAGCUGCAGUUGAGCGGUGGCGACUGGAUGAGUAACAAACAACGUGUCACAAGUUGGAGAGCUGAGACUUUGGUGGAGCUGAGGAACCGGUCGGACACCGGCCGAGCCAACGGGUCCCCCCAGACCACCAUCGUGCCAGUUCUGAGAGUUCCUUCAAACUGUCGGAGAGAUUUCCACCUGUUGGCGUUCGACCCCGACGGUGACGAGAUCAAAUGCAGAUAUGGAAACGCAACGUUAGCAGAGUGUGACGUCUGCACACCGCCCUCCGUUCUCAGCCUCUCCUCAUCCUGCACUCUGUCUUUCAGCCCCACUACUAGCGGUGACGAAGGUUCGUACGCUGUCCAGCUGGUGAUGGAGGACUUUACCAGGCAGACCAUCACCUUGACUCAACACAACGGGUCUAAUAUGAUCUUAAAUGCAAACGUCGCUAUCAGCAAACUGCCUGUCCAGUUUAUUUUGAAAGUGGAUCCUGUGGUGCCGUCCUGCACAGAGGGAGUCUAUCUGCCCAAGUUCCUGCCUCCAACCCCAGCAAACAGAGCUCGGCUGUACACGCCUGUCAAUCAGUCCCUGGAUAUCAGCAUCAUUGCUGAGGCAAAUGUCUCCACGAUUUCCGAGCUGCUGUUCAGCGGGCCGCACAACGUCAACCAGACUAGAGUAGGAGUAGGAGAGUACAUCCUCAGAUGGACGCCGUCUGAAAACGAAGAUGGACAAAGCCACCCCAUCUGUUUCAGCCUCCAGGCAGUUUUCAAGUCAGUCACUUGUCCCAUGAACAUUUCCCUUUUACACUGACUCUGUUUACAUGAACACUCAUAUACAACUAUUACUCAGAAUAUGACAAUUUUCCAAAUCUGAUGUAGUUCAUGUAAACAUCAUAUUCCGUUUGGAUAUUCUGAAUUAGGUCUUAUUCUGAAUGGAGCGUUUUCCGACUAAGACGUGUGAUAUGUUGAUAUUAUUCUGGUUUUAGGAGCAUUGUUUGUACAUGUGUACAGCUCAUUCACAAUACGAGUCACUUUACGACACACACUUUUGCAUUGAACAGAAACCAACUAGCCAAUAGUUUGCAGAGCUGGAGUAGAGAUGCAUGCCCAAAAGAAAAGGAGAAACCCACAUACUUUUAAACAUUAUGAAGGACUGGACAUACACAAUCUUUUGGAUACAAACACAUAACAACGCCGACCUUUUCAACAAGGUGUUUGAAGGAAUGAAAGACACUUAUCUGACUGACGUUUGUUAUAGUUAGCCUCCACCAUGUGAAGGACAGCCACCGCAGACAAUGUUUGUGAUUCCAUCAG